AUGAAUGGUAACGAUUUGUCAAAAUUUCGAUAUGACAAGGCCAUAGUCUGUGGGAUACCUUCAUCGCUGCCUGCUGCUGCACAAAGACAGAGUGGUUGCCUGGAGCCGGUUAACUUGAGCAAAGCAUUAAACCAACAUGCUAACUACGUUCGAGCUUUGAAAAAUAUGGGAUUGAAAGUCAUAGAGCUUACAGCGGACGAACAGUACCCAGACUGUGUAUUUGUUGAAGAUGCUGCAGUGGUGUGUGGUGACAUUGCUUUAGUUUGUAGGUUGGGUCACCCAACCAGACGUGGCGAGUCCGCCAGGAUGAAAACUGUGCUACAGGAGCUUGGUUUGAGUGUGGAAGAAAUGGAACACCCUGCUACUCUAGAUGGAGGGGACGUCCUCUUCACAGGUAAAGAAUUCUUAGUGGGAUUAUCUAAGAGAACGAAUCAGCAAGGAGUACACAUCUUAGCGAAAACGUUCGGUGACUAUCCUGUGACAGCCAUUUCAGUUUCGAAUCACCUGCAUCUAAAAUCCUUGAUGUCGAUGGCUGGACCUGACACUGUCUUGGUUGGAGGAAGUAGUGAAGCAGACGACGUUUGGAAUGAAGUUGAGAAAAAAGCGAAGUUCAAGUAUGAAAAGCUUACUGUUCCUGAGGAUAAAGCCGCGAAUUGUCUGUUUGUUAAUGGAACGCUGUUCCAUUUGACCUCAGCAGAAAUUCCAAGAAGUUAUGAAGUAUUCAAGCAACUUCCCGAUCCAAAGAUUGAGGUGGAAAAUUCUGAACUGCAUAAAGUUGACGGCGGCUUAACUUGUUUGUCUAUACUGAUCUGA